GACACUCCCCGUGGAGGAGAGGAAAAAAGAAGAGGAAGAUGCUGUCACCCUUCGUCACUGACCUAAACGAAUGACAGUGGCGUGAACAUGGAGUCAUUUUGAAACGUGUAACUUUAUUCCGCUAUCUUUGCGCUCUGUUUGGGGACGUUCAGCAUGACAAUGGCGUCUCCGUGCACGGAACAAACCGUGCAGGAGUACCUGAUGGAGAGGGGAGGGAGGGUCCAACAGAUGGAGCUGAUCGAUCAUUUCCUAUCGGGUUCGGGGGAAAAGGACCAGACGAAGGAAGGGGUGGAUCGCGAGGCGCUGACACGCAUCGUGGACAACGUGGGCUUCGUGAAGGUGGAAAACGGCGUGACAUUUGUUUGUUUGAACACUGAAGGCAGCGCGGAGUCGGUGAUGCGUGCAGACACAGGCGGCCGCGAUCACGCGGAGUGCAAUGGUAAUAUCCAGGAGACACUGGACAACAACAGCUAUGUCAACGGCAACUCUAACACCGGAGACCAAACAGGAGCAACCAGCUCCUUGGCUGCCAGCAUGGACAAUGACAAACAGUCAAAUGGCAAUGGGCAACCUGCAGCCCCCUCCCAGAAUAAUAAGACCAACGCGGAUACGCCGACAUCUGGUGGAGGUGGGGAGGUGAAGCUGAGGGAGAGGAGAAGGCGGGAGUCUGCACCUGUGAUUGGGAUUGCGGAUGUGGACCAUGCUCACCCUGCAGGGUCCCACAGCCAGCAGGUGAGAGGGGCCCGCAGGGUGUCCAAGGGUUCCCAGCGGGCCCUGCUGACCAGCUGCCUAUCUGAAGACAGCGCCUGGGAAGGGCUGGACUUUGUUGGAGAUAUCAACACACCCAAGGGAAGUCGCAGGAACUUCAUAGAGCUGAUGAUGAGCAGUUCCCCUCAGGUACGGAGGUCUCUGAUCAACCGUGGUUCACGGCUCCGGGACUCGGUGAAGGGCGAUGGCGAUUCGGCGUCGCUCCUCUCCACAACCGCUGAUGAGGACUGCGCGUCGGUGACCCUGCACCCGCUGGAACAUGAGUGGAUGCUGUGCGCCUCAGACGGACUGUGGGAGAGCCUGCAGCCCCUGCUCGCUGUGGAACCCAGCCUUGUGGCCAAGAGAGACUUUGUCACCGGCUUUACCUGCCUCCACUGGGCGGCCAAGCAGGGCAAAGCAGAGCUGCUCUCCCAGCUGCUGGCCUUCUCCAAGGACAACGCUAUACCUGUGAAUGUGAACGUGAGAUCAGGUGCUGGAUACACGCCGCUACACCUGGCAGCUAUGCAUGGACACAUGCAGGUGGUGCGUGUGUUGCUGUCAGACUGGGAGGCGGACCCUGAUGCUCGAGACUACAGCGGGAGGCGAGCCCUCCAGUACCUGUCCCCCCUGCUGGCUGCUGACCUGCAGGAAGAGGGAGUGGUCACCUCGCCGGGGGCCGAGUCAGACCACGGACCCGCCACCAGUAGCAGCGGAGGGCGCGGGUGGCGGCUUCCCAGAGUUCUCCAGGGCAAUCUGAACCCACUGCGGCUCCUGAACCCACCCGCCGGGCCGGCGGAGGAAGGAGUCGUGACUGGGAGGACCAAAGGGGGGAUGCAGAGGAAGUCUUCUCUGAGCCGACUGAACGCCCGGCUGCACCGAGGACGCCACCGAGCCCAGAUCAUCCACAGCGCCUCCUUCAGGGACACUGGGGAGGUGGGAAGAGGAGAGGAGCUCCCCAGCAGCCCUGUCCGACCCCGACCGCUAUCCAACCUGUUUGGAUAAAGUAAUACAACUCUGAGAUAGAAACCGAUUUUAUGACCAGAGUAACCAAACACAUCCUCAUUGACAGUAUGAUUUCAAGCUGAUUUUAAGGUUUAUUAUUAUAGGACCACAAUAUAUUUCUCUGAAAAUCUAACUUAUUUUUGUUCCUAUUGCAGUUUUUAGCCUUAUGUUGAUCACUGAGGGCAGGUCGCAGUUUAUGUAGCAUUUUAUUUGCCACGAAAUUCAUUGAGUAAAAACAGUUUUUUGUUUUAGUUUUCUUAUUGUUUUUUUAACGCUCUGUUUUUUAGAGUCGGUAGCAAUCAAUACACUAUUUUUUUUAAUGUAAUACUUCACUACACUAGAACACACACAAAUGCAAAAGCAACAAGCGGGACUGUAUCAGGUUUUCUCUUUAGAUUGGACUCACAGGGGUGAGGGAUUUGAAAAUUGCACUUGGGUUUGAUUCCACAGAGUAAUCUAAAAUCUAGUUUUUGUUUCCAGAGUAAAGUAAUAUAUUCAUAGAACUCAUUUUCUAUAUUUCAAUCUCCUUUGAUUGGGUGGUGCUGUUUUUUUAAAAUACAUUUCUGUAACGUGAAUUUUAAUCACCAGAUUUCAGUAUUCAAACAGAAUUAUUGUAUGUCCAAACAGCCAUGUUUGCACUUGUCACUUUGAAGACGGUUUGUGAUUAUGGGAGGAAACUGCUUAAACUAAACCCAUGCCGGCUGUUAUUGAUCCCAUUUCAUACUGAUGAGGGGUGAUCAAAUUGUUACACCCAUAGAUUUCUAAUGCACUGUACUGUAUAUAUAUAUAUAUAUAUGAAAGUACAAUGUCAUUUUCCCCUUAUGUAUUUCUACCAAAAUGAUGUCUUUAGUUAUGUCUAAGUACUUUAACUACACUGAUCAGUUACACAGUGGGACUGUUUCACAGGGUGGGAGCACAGGGGGAACUGGUGUGGUUUUUCUACUGAUUAUAAUUUACCUGAAGUCAUCUGGGUCUGGUUCACUAACCGUUACAUUGCUUCUUUAUGUGGGAGUUUAAGCAGUGUGGGCCUCUAAUAGUAGAUUGCAGUGUUUUGUGCAAAUCUAUUUUUAACAUAUAAAUCUGAAAGAAUCUGUACACAUGUACACAAUCAUUGUUCAUUAAUCAUCUGUGGAUAGUGAAGAGCUUAGACCAGAGUAUGCUGGAUGUUUAGCGGAUGAGCACAUCGACUUUUUGACUGUUUUCCCAAAUAUGUGAACCGUGCUCAUAUCUGAAUAUCGGAUCAAUAACAAAUCCUAGAUUUCAUGAAUGUUCCCUUUGUUUUUUGUAUCCUUUGUACUCAAAUCAUAGGGCUUCAUGGUUGACUUUGUUGACGUAGAAAUGUAUUAUAAACCUACUUUCAUGUCACUUUUUUAAAUACAUGAAUAGGGAAAAUGUAAAUUCUCUCUGCUGUUCAUUUUUAUGUCUAAAAAUCAUUGUUUCUGUCUUCUUUGUGAAAUACUGUGACGUUAUUAUGUGAUGUGAAUACACUGUUAGUGAGCCACUGUCAUCUAUGUCUUCAUGUCUUAUCAUUGACUAUCAAAUAAAGCAUAAAAGUGAA